GGCUGAUUGUGCUGGACGAGUGCCACAAGGCCAAGAACUUCGUGCCGGGGAAGGAGGCGGGGAGCACCAAGGUUGCCGCCGCUGUGUUGGCGCUGCAGGAGCGGCUGCCCCGGGCCCGGGUGCUGUACUGCUCGGCAACGGGGGUCAGCGAGGUUGGCAACAUGGCCUACAUGGUGCGCAUGGGGCUGUGGGGCCCGGGCACCCCCUUUGAUAGCUUCCAGACCUUCCUGGACAGCAUGCGGCGCCGGGGUGUGUCCUUCCUGGAGCUGCUGGCCAUGGAGAUGAAGGCGGAGGGCAAGUACGUGGCGAG